AUAGCAUAAUUAUACAUGUAAUAUAUUCAUGAAAACAAGCUUCAUUAAUUUCAGUUUCUCAAGUGAAUCUGUUGAAAAGAGUAAUAUCUCCGCUUAUAUGGUUAAGUUAUUUGAUAAUUGAAGAUUUAUCUUGCUGAGUUGAUGAGAUUUCAGUAACCAGAUCAAAUCGUCGAUCACAAGUUGAAAGAUGAGCUUGUGUGAAUAUUUACGAGUUAAUAAGUACAAGAUAUUCAAAACUAUCUUAACUUAUCUUACGUUCGCUGGUCUUGGUGGUACUAAUACUUUGAUUGGAAGUUCACUACUCGAUAUUCAAAUUUAUGUUCAGAGAUCAUUUGAAGCCACAUCUCGACUUGUCCAGACUCGUUCAGUAGGUUAUGUUGUUGGAGCCACAGUUGCUGGUUUUUUUGAAAAAUACUUUGAUGACUCUUUGGUACUUUCGGCAUCCAAUCUCGUCGCAGGAGUUUUUCUUGCUCUGGCUCCAUGGUUCCGAUCUUUGGAAACUGUUUUGGUUUUCAUCUUUAUUGCUGGCUUUGCUCUCGGAGUCUUUGAUAUAUACUGUAAUGUGAUUAUACUCCGAAUCUGGGGUAAAAAUGGAGUCAACUGGUUACAAGUGUUGCACAUGUUUUAUGGAGUUGGGGCUUUAAUUGUACCAAUCAUCACUCGACCUUUCCUACUUCCCAGUACCGAAUCAGAUGGGUUGAAUACUGACCAAGGUGUCUCAAUAACUUCACCAGAAACAAUAGACCUGACGAAUGCAACAGCCAUCAUCAAUGCAAUCAAUAAAACCACCACAAUUACUUAUACACCAGAAGAUGUAAAAGUUCAAUAUGCUUUCAUGGUUGUUGGAAUGGUUCUUGUUGUUGUAGCAGUUCCCUACUUUUUUUGCUACCUCUAUGAUAGAAAACAAAAAUUCAAAGUUGAAGAAACUGGAGGAGAGAACUCGCGAUUUGUCCAAACAAGUAGGCUUAAAAAGGUUCUCGCAGUUACUAUUACAGCUGCCUUGGCAAAUUUCGCUUUUGGAACUGAAGCAGUUGUUGGUAACUUGUGUACUGCCUUUGCUGUUAAAGCUGAUGUACAUAUGGAUAAACAAAAUGCUGUUCUUGUGGCAACCGUAUUUUGGACAAUGUUUUCAUUUUAUAGAUGCAUUUUUAUCCCGUUAACUCUGGUUAUAAAAGAGAGUAAACUUUUUUAUAUGAAUCUGCUAAUCAUUGUGGCAGGUGUGGUUACUCUGGUUCCUUAUGCAGCAUCGAAAGAGCUUUUUACGUGGAUCAGCUUCACUUUACUGGGAAUAGGUUAUUCACCAGUAUUUUCAAUUUCAUAUGGAUCACUAGGACAUUAUUUUCCUGUUACAAAUGCAAUGACUUCGUUUAUUUUUGUCAACGGAGUGAUUGGUGAAACAAUUCACACGACAGUUUUGUCAAAAGUUAUUGAAACCAAUCCAGUAGUAUUUACUUAUUAUCUCGGAGUCAUGGGAAUUAUCUAUGUUAUGCUGAGCUUUUUGUUACCAUUAUAUUGUCGAAAGGUUUUUAAAGGCUCCAAGAAAAAAAAUGUUGUUAAUGAAUCUAACGAAAUGUGUAAAUACUGAUUAUUAAAGUUUAUUAUAAAGGACAAUGUCCAAAAACUUCGAUUUCACCGUUAA